AUGGCCUCCCCUACAAACCACUUCAUUCAAGUUAACGACACUCCCAAGGCUCGGGGUUUUGCUCCUGAACCGGUCAAGUUUACGCUUCAAUGGAGAAAUUUGAGCCUAAAAGCCGAAGUGAAGAACCCGUCGACGAAGAAAACCGAAGAGAAGGUCAUUCUGAACGAUGUCAGUGGCACCGCCAAACCCGGUGAGCUACUGGUCAUCAUGGGACCUUCGGGUGCAGGGAAGAGUUCGCUUCUCGACUGCAUCUCUGGACGGAAGAGUGGCGUGGAAGGCGAUAUCCUGUUAAACGGGCAGCCGUGGACCAAGGCGACGAAGCGUAUGGCUUCGUACGUCAUGCAAGACGACCUCUUCUAUGAAACGCUGACGGUGAAGGAGCAUUUGGCAUUCCAGGCUAAGCUCCGCAUGGGUAGAACGCAUUCCAAGGAGCAAUACAUGCAUCGCGUGGACGAGGUCAUGGAGGAGCUGGGGCUAAUGAAGUGUCGGGAUACCUUCAUUGGCGGAGAGUCUCUGCACGGUAUCUCUGGUGGAGAGAGGAAGCGUCUGUCGUUCGCUACGGAGAUCCUCACCAACCCUUCGAUCCUCUUCGCCGAUGAGCCCACGUCCGGUUUGGACAGCUUCAUGGCCGAGACUGUUAUUAGACAGCUUCAACAGAUCGCCCGUGACGGUCGUACCGUUCUUGCUACGAUCCACCAACCAUCGUCGGAGGUGUUCGCCAUCUUUGACCAGCUAUACUUGCUCUCUGAUGGUUCUCCAGUGUACCAAGGUAAAGCGAGUGAAUCCGUGGACUAUUUCUCAUCUCUCGGAUAUCCUUGUCCACCGCAAAUCAACCCGUCGGACUACUUCAUGCGGCAGCUCGUGGUAAUUGAUAAAGCCACCGAUGAGGCCGGUGUGGCUCGUGUUGAAUCACUGAAAGAAGAGUGGAGGAAGCAUCAGAAACUUCCGCGGUCGGACUCUGUAUCGAUGCUUCAGAGCGAACAGCAACUGGAAAGUAUGCGGGUUGAACUGCUCACUCAGGUCAGCGUGCUGGCUCAACGGAAUAUCCUUCGGUUCCUUCGUGACGGCUUUGCUCUCCGUGUACCGUUCAUCCAGAAUCUCUUUCUCGCGGUCAUCGUCGGGUUGAUCUACUUGCAGCUGGAUCUUGACCAGAAGGGCAUUCAAAACUUCAGUGGUGCGUUCUUCUUUCUCGUGACGAACCAAAUUGUCGUGACGGCAAAUCCGGUAUUCGUGUCGGUACCCAUGGAGCUGGCACUCAUUUCGCGGGAGUACAAGGCUAGUCUGUACCACCUCUUCUCUUGGUUCUUGUCCAAGAACGUAAGCGAGCUGCCCAUGCAAAUCCUCCUGCCGAUUGUUUUCUUCGUGCCGAUCUACUUCCUCAUGGGUAUCGGCCAUGGCUUCGACGUGUUCAUCUACCUACAGAUCGUCAUGAUCCUCAUCAAUAGUUGUGCGAUCGGUCUUGCCUACAUGGUGUCGUGUCUGGUUCCGCGUGUGGAUAUUGCACCUCUAAUCGGUAUGGUUCUUAUCAUGCCGUUCAUGCUGUUCGGUGGUCUGCUCAUCAACUCGGACGACUGUCCAGACUACUUUGUCUGGAUCCAAUACAUUUCUCCUGUCAAGUACGGCUACGAAGCUGUCAUGAAGAUCUUCUGGAAUGCCGUUUCGUCUAUCGAAUGCAACACAGCAAACUGCACCGCUCGGACGGGUACUGAAGUACUGGAAAGCUACAGCAUGACGUCUCGAUCGGCUCUUGGAGACGCACUUCUGCUCGUUGUACUGAACGUUGCCUUCCGCACCAUUGCGUUCAUCUCCAUCUCGUUUCAGCUUCGUCAGAAGAAAUAA